CCUCUUUUUGCAAGCUGUCCUGUGUUUUGAAUUGCAGGUACUGUUCAGUGCUGAGUGACCGCUGGCAGCCAAGGACCUAGUAGACAGUCAUCCAAAACAAUGAUCAAACUAUAAAAUCUGUUUGCCAUCAGACAUCUCAAAAAAGAAGAAAUCAUCUCCGAAUACAUCUUGCACAUCAGAUUAAAAACGUAGCAGCCAUGUUGUCGGUCUGUGUGGCUUUCCUAUUUCUCUGCACUGCCCACCUGCCACUACACUCCUCCGCCCUUCCCUUCGAGCAGAAAGGAUUCUGGGACUUUGGCAAGGACAUUGAUGUGAAAGAGCUGAUGAUGAUGAUGAAGGACCAGGAAGAAGGGUCAGCUGUGGAUCCGUACCAACCUGAACAUCCCACAUGCCCAUUUGGCUGUCGGUGCGACCUCAGAGUCGUACAGUGCUCGGAUUUAGGGCUAGGUUACGUGCCAUACGAUAUUCCUGCAGACACACUGCUGUUGGACCUGCAGAGCAACAGGAUCACAGAGAUUAGGGAGGGAGACUUUAAGGGACUGACCAACCUCUAUGCCCUGGUGUUAAGAUAUAACCAAAUCUCCAAAGUUCAUCCCAAGGCAUUCCUUCCUCUGAAGCGUCUGCAGAAGUUAUACAUCUCGCACAACCUUCUGACUUCCAUCCCCAAAAACCUGCCUCCAUCCCUUGUGGAGCUGCGUAUCCAUGACAAUCACAUCAAGAAGGUGCCGGCAUUUAGCUUCUCAGGCCUCCACAACAUGCAUGUCAUUGAAAUGGGCCGUAAUCCACUCCAGAACAGUGGUUUCGAACCUGGAGCAUUUAUGGGCCUUAAACUGAACUACUUGCGCAUUUCUGAAGCCAAACUCACUGGGGUUCCCAAAGACCUUCCCAGCAGUCUUAAUGAGCUUCAUUUGGACAAUAAUCAGAUUCAGGCCAUCGAGUUUGUGGAUCUCAGCCAGUACACCCAGUUGCAGAGGUUGGGACUCGGCAGUAACCAGAUUCGCCACAUUGAGCACGGUGCUUUAUCUUACCUCACCAACCUGAGGGAGCUGCACCUUGACAACAACCGUCUGCCCAGUGUGCCCAGUGGUCUGCCUCAUAUGAAGUAUCUGCAGGUUGUCUACCUCCAUUCAAACAACAUCACCAAUGUUGGGGUGGAUGACUUCUGCCCUACGGGUUUUGGGAUGAAGAGGGUGUUCUACAAUGGCAUCAGUCUCUUUGACAACCCGAUCAGGUACUGGGAGGUGCAGCCCGCCACGUUCCGCUGUGUCAGCGACCAAAUGGCUGUACAGUUUGGCAACCACAAGAAAUAAAAGAUGUAUAAAACCAAUCCAGGAGGAGAACAAGAGGAAAAAGGGGCCAUAAUUUGUGUAAAUCAUCAAGAUAUUUGAGAGAAGACAAUGAAUAAACAUUUCCAUGGAGGAAUAAUUCAGAAGAAACAUGGACUCCAUUUAAAGAACCAUUGGUAAACGAAAUUAAAACAGUGCAUUCAAAACUAUUGAUAUGUGUAAUUCCCUGCUGACAUUAAUGAAUAUGUACUCCACAAAAACGACUUUUUGUUCGAUUUAGUUGACACACAGCAUUGAUGAUUCCUCUCUGAGAUGUCUAUUAACAGCUUCAUUUGCUUAGUUUUCAUGGAUUGGAUCUUUAAAUAAUUAGAUAAAUUCACAGCUUGUCAUUCUGGACGCCUAUUGUCACUCAUUCAUCAUGGUAAUACUGUAAUAAAGUGGAUUGUGUUGUGAAUGUU